AUGGACGGGCACUGUGUCGAAGCGCAGGACUUCCUUCGGCUCGUCUUUGGGACUGAGUUGGUGGACGGUGAACGGUGUGAGCAGGCGCUCACCGGAGAGUUGGACGCGCUCAAGUCGACGUUGUCCAAGGUUCCAGCACGCAAGGCAACGAUCUGUCGUGUUGUUGUUGACGCUGUCAACAGCAUGUUUCAGAAACUGAAUCUGCCUUUCUUCAUGGCGAUUACUGGGGAUAACCCAGAGAGCGCUACGAACAACCUGACCCCUGACCUGAUGUUGUAUCGCACGUCCCAGCCAGGCAAGGCUGAUCCCAGCGCGUUCUAUUAUCCAGGCAGGAACAACUCUGCGGGACGUUGUCGCGCGGCCUGGGCCGCUGCGGUUGCCACACUCUAAGUCAACGUCGAUCCCGCGUGGGCCCCUUUCAACUUUGACGACAAGCCCUUCGCUGUGAAAUUCGAGCACGACUUUCCACCUCAGUUGAUGGACGA